AUGGCAUCAUGGCUUGCUGAGCGCUUCAACAUCUUCUCGUCGCGCCUCACCGGGGGCGUGGAGGUGCUUGAUGGGGGCGAAGAUGACCCCGCCCCCGUGGAGGGGCUCGAAGAGGGGGCCGAGGGAUCGCCUGUCCCGCAUCGUUUCGUCAACGACUACGACCAACAAGACGAAGAAGGGCGCGGGCAGAGCGGGUCACCCCGCGACGGCGACGGCGACGACGGCUACGGCUACGGCAGCGGCAACGACGAUGGUGCCGGCACGGGUAGUGGCGAGGAGGACGCGUCUGCCUCGGCCGAGCCGCCAUCGCUCGACCCCGCCGACCAGCAGCAGGGCUCCGGCCAGCCGCGCCGCCGCAAGCGCCCACACCCCGCCGCCGUGAGCGACGACGCCUACCUGCCGUCGUCGAGUGCGGCGAAGCACUACCGCAUGCUCUUCUCGGGCGCAGAGGACGAGGACGUCGACGAGCUGCCCGAACUCGAUCACUACUACCGCAGCAAAGCCGAAAAGUGGCUCACAUGGAAGGGCUUCAAGAAGACCUUCCCCUACUACGUGCCCAUCCUCAUGUGGCUCCCACGAUACGAGUGGCGAAGCGAUUUUGUGUACGACUUGGCUGCAGGCGCGGCCGUGUCGGCAAUGAUCGUGCCCCAUUCCCUCGCCAUGGCCAUCCUCGCCGGCCUGCCGCCCGUCUACGGCCUCUACUCCUCUUGGAUUACGGCACUGGUGUACAUGAUGAUGGGCAACAGCCGACAGCUGUCUAUCGGCCCCGAUGCCGUGUCGGCCAUCCUCCUCACCCACUCCUUCGAGAAUUUCGACGGCGAUGUCGACAUCGUGGCCUUUGCGCAUCUCUUCUCCCUCAUAGUUGGACUGUUCCUGGGCAUCCCCAAUCCAGACGGGAAGAAGGACUGGGCCAAGCUCAUCUACACCCUCGACAACAUCGACCAAACCGAAUGGCGCACUCUCCUCAUCGGAAUCUGCACGCUGGGACUGUUGUUCCUGUUCCGAGGGAUCAAGUGGCAGGCCAAGUACGUCAAGCGACGUCACCCGAUCUUGGCCACCUGCAUCAAGUUCAUCCCCGACACGCUGAUCGUGGUGCUGCUGGGCAUCCUGAUCGGGUGGUGGGGCGAAGUGGACAAGAAGGGCGUCGAGAUCCUGGGCGAGAUCAACAGCGAAUUUCCGACGCCCAUCUUCCCGCCGCGCGUGCUCGAGUCGCUCAAGGACUUCCAGAACUCCAUCCAGCCCUCCAUCAUCAUCGCCAUCCUCGGGUUCAUCGAGUCGAUCAUCGUGGCCAAGUACUACGCGGGAAAGCACCACUACACCGUGUCGCCCAACCGCGAGCUGGUGGCGUUGGGCAGCGCCAACAUGGUGGGCUCCUUCUUCCGCAUCUUCCCCUCCUUCGGUUCUCUCUUGUACAACUUCUUCGUGGCGAUGGCGGUGCUGUUCACCAUCCUCUUCCUGGACAGCCUCUUCUACUACUUGCCCAAGGUCGUGCUGGCCUCCAUCAUCAUCGUGGCCGCCGUCGGCCUGGUCGAGUACGAGGACCUGGUCUUCCUGUGGAAGAUCCGUGAUCUCGGCGCCAUCAUCCUGCUCCUCGCCACCUUCUUCAUCACCGUGGUGCUGGGCGUGGAGCUGGGCAUCACCAUUUCGCUGGCGAUCUCGGUGCUGUGGAUCAUCAAGAAGACGUCCCUGCCCCACCUCGCCAUCCUGGGCAAGAUGCCCAACACCAACAAGUUCAAGGACAUCUCCCAGUUCACCCAGGCCAAGCCCAUCGAGGCACGCCACCUCCAGCCACCCACCCUCGGGGUGCUGCUGCUCAGGAUCGAGGAGUCGCUGUACUUUGCCAACAUCGGCAAGAUCAAGGACAUGUUCGCACGGAUCGAGCGCUUCGGCUCCACCGACGCGGGCGCUUCCGAGCCCACCCUGCCUCCACUCCAGGCAAUCAUCAUCGACGCGCGCAACAUCCAGGAUAUGGAUGCCAGCGCGAUCGCCACGCUCACGGACAUGGUGGCCGACUACAAGCGACGCAACAUCUACGUGGCCUUCGUGAAGCUGCGCGAGCCGCUCCUGGACCUGUUCCACAAGAGCGGUGUCAUGGACCUGCUGGGCAAGAACUGCGUCUUCAACAAAGUCCGCGAUGCCAUCGCCGCGCUCAACGACACCCGCGUGUUCGAUGAGGACGACGAGGAGAAGGGUGCGGGCGGCGACGAGCUGGGCGACAGCGACUACGAUGACCCGGCCGCGUGGGUGGGCUCCCACACCGACACUAUGUCGGUGAGCGAGUUCGGGGCGGUCAUGGACAGCAUCCACCCGCCACCGGGCCACUACGACGACGCGGCGGGCAAGGGCAAGGAACGAGAGCAGGACGCGGCUCGCGGUGUCCAUGACAUGGAGCCUCCCCCCUCCUCCCCGCGCUUCGGCGGCGCUGGAGCGGGGGCAGCGCCCACCACCCUCGACUUCCGAGUGGAGGACCAACCCGUGCCAGGCCUGCGGCAGGAGCAGGAGGAGCAGGAGGGGGAACCGGCCGGCAAUGACGUCGACCGCCGCCACCACCAGACCAGGCCCCACGUGGAGACCUUUGAGCCGGCCAACGACCCCUUCCUGCGAAUGCCCGAGGACGAAUCCGAUGGCGAGCAAGAAGAAGAGGCGGAGGAGGGCUUCUUCCACCACCACCGCCACCACGAGGAGGAGGAGGAAGAGGCGGCGGGAGCGGCGGGAAGGCCCGGCAACGAGGAAGGCACCGAUGACCACCUUCACGGAGGAGACCUUGAUGAAGUGGACCUCUGA